AUGUCCGAAAACUGUAUUAAUGUUUGGGGAAUUUAUUGCCAACAAGGUCUACCAGAAUUUCCCAGAGAGUCACCAGUGAGGUUGGCUUUUAUCUCGAUUUACAUCUCGUCCAUAGUAAUUCUUGCCAUCUAUUCCGCUUCGUUGGUCAGCUUUCUGACGCUCGAUUCCCCCAAACUGCCUUUUUCCACUCUGGAGGAUUACGUCAAUGAUGGAACUUACAAAUUAAUCAUUGUACAAAAUAGCGCCGAGAUGGAGGCUCCUAGUGGUGUCAAAGACCCAGUAUUUCGGAAAAUGUACGAAUUGUUGGAAGAGAAGAAGUUUUUACCAGCAACAUAUCCAGAGGCAUUUAAGCAAGUUAGCGAUAUCAUCUAA